AUGGCUGUUGGUAUCAGCCUGCUCCUGCUCAGGGACAGGCUGAAGGUGGUCACCGACGUGAUCAGUGGCAAGGUGGCUCUGGCGGCGGUCACCGCGCUCGCAGCAGCUCACUCGCACUGGUGGCAUGGUGCGGUGACGCUCGAUCCCGCGAAGGCUGGAGUUCUGGUCUCCUUUGUCGGUGGGCUCGACGCCGGCAAUUUUCAUGUGCAGACGGAGAGCAAGCUCUUUGUGCGGGAGCCGGAGAUCGUACCGGUCAAGGCGCUCGCCGAGAUGUCACAUGAUGGGGCUGCGGUGGCUCCCGUUCCCCGCGGGCCUCCGGCGCUCGCCCAGCAGGCCUGGUCUUCGGCUGCUGAUUCAGCCAGUGCUCUGAUGGACGUCCCGGCCGGCUCUGGCGAGGUGCAGCUUCGCUCGCGAGCCCAGGACGAUCUUCAGGCCAGGGCGUUCGCCUCGGCCGUCGAUCCGGUCAACUACAACCAGGACGACGAGGAGGACACACGUGGUCACGUGUCGGAUCCAGUCAGGGAUCAGACACGUGAUGAUCGCUCCUUCUCGCGAUCGACGGCCAAGCUCACACCGGCGCUCUUUGCAGAGAUGACGGGCCCAGGGUCGACGUUCAUGCAGGGCGGCCGCUCGGCUCCGUCGGCCCAGACCUCCACCCUGACGGUUCGGGAGGUGAUCGAGGCGGAGCCUGCUCAGGACGAGCCGCAGAAUCUGCUUGGGCCGAUCGGUGAGCCAACCUCCUUCAGGAUGCUGCAGGUCACAGCAUCCCAAGACAGAUGGACGGCGAAAAUUCUCGCAUACCCUUGUUUCGAUGCAGCGUUCGUGUCUGCUCUGCUGGGUACACAGCUUGCAAAUCUGCAGGUAGUGCUCGCAAUGGAGGUCGAGACCCCGGGUAUGUUCGCCCAAAAGGCGUACGAGUGGACCUCGAAGCUGGCUCCAGAGGCUCACGAGGUGUUCGCAGCGAGGCCCCAGAUGCUCGAGCAGUUCUACGUCUUCGCAAAGGCCGCUGAGACGCUCUUUGAAGAGUCGCUCGGCUACCAGAUGGGGUUCUCCCGCUGCGAGAAGAUCCCGCGUCAGCGCAGCUCGCUCUCGAUUGCCGAGUUCCAGCGAGACAUGGCGAUUCGGGCCUUGGCGGCUCCGUCUUGGCUCAAGGCCAUUGCAGAUCGGGCAGGUGAUCACGCGAAGCCAAAGGCCCCAGAUCACGGACUGCUCUCUCCGGAGGAGAAAGCUCGCCUCCAGUUGCUGGUUUUCACUUCAGGGGCUCCCUCGACAAUGAACCAUAUUCGCCGAUUCGAGAAGUUCGAGUCGUGGGCCCAUCGGUCGGGAGCGCAGUUCUAUCCCAUCACAAACGAUCUGGUCCUAAAGUAUGCCAUAGAGCUCGACGGCAUGGAGUGUGGACCAACGGCGCUGCCAUCCCUUCGGAUGGCGUUGCGCUGGGUCUCAUUCAGGACAAAUAUCGCUCUCCCCUCAAUCGAGUCGGCCGAGAUUAAAGCGCUCGAGAAGGAGAUCUUCACCCAGAGAGGCAAGCCUUUGAAGGAAGCGGACCCGUUCCCUGUUGAGCUGGUCGCUGCCAUGGUCGGCUUGGAGCUCUUCGAGCUGGAGUUCCCUCUAGUGGAGAGAGAUUUCUGGAUACCAGAUCUGGAAACAAAGGAGAAGUGGCGGGAGACACCGCCGGAUUACGCACGAUCGCUGCAGUGGCUCCACCAUCUGGUCUGGCACGCAGGGUCUUCACUGCCGGCCCUUAUGAUCAAGGACCUGGUCGCUGAAAUCUCCAAAGACUUCACCCCACAGUGUGCUCUGGCAGACGACGUCAUCGACGACUCUGACGAUCGCGAGGCUACUUUGACGGAGUUCUUCAUCAAGGCCCCCGAAAAAGGCUCAAGCUAUGAGUACAGAUUCCAUGUUUGUUCUGCUGAGUCUGUGGAAGAGAUCGCUUGUAAACGCGCGAUCACCCCGGAGUUUGUGCACGUCGGCGCAAAGCUCACGCCCAAGGUCGACCGCGAUCCCCGGAUCCCCGAAAAGGAAUGGAAGAAGCUCAUGGAGGCCAGUGAUGCUUUGGCUCCAAAGCGGAGUGCCACCUCUGUUCUUUUCGCUCCGCCCUGGCAGUUUUGGUCACAGGUGCCACAAGAUCCCUACGUCGUUCGGGAUCUUGGCCCAUGGGCUCUUGAGAUCUUUGCAGGGACAGCUCGGCUGACAUCUCAGUGGCGUUCGGCCGGCCUGCUCGUGCUCCCCCCGAUCGACGUCAAGAUUUCCGGCGAGGUCUACGAGUCUGUCGACCUGCUCGAUGACAAGGUCUUUCAGCGAGUUCUGCUACUAUGCCGUGUUGGUGCAAUUGCAUUUCUGCACGUGGGGCUCCCUUGCUCGACUUUUAGUCGAGCCCGCUCUCGGCCUGGCGGUCCUCCGCCACUGCGUUCGCUGGCGCAACCUCUCGGUCUGCACAGUCUCGGCAACAGAUUUCAAGAUCAGCUGGAUCGCGCAAAUUUGCUCAUGCAGCGCUCCAUCGAUCUGCUCGAGGCGACGAUCGUGGCAGGAGGUGAUGCCUCUCUCGAGAAUCCUCUCACCAGUCUGUUGUGGCAAGUUCCUGCUCUUCAACAGCUCAAGGUGCGGUUCCACCUCUACAACCUGGACCUUGAUCAGUGUGAGUUCGGUAAGCAUAAGCACCUUCCGCUCAAAGGCAAGGUUCGCCAAGCGAAAGGGUCUUGGGUCUUCGCGACCAAGCCGGCUCAGGAAUACCCGCUGCCUCUUUUUGCUGCUCUUGCACAGUUGGUGGAACAGGUCGUGAACGCUUGCCUGCCCCAGUUCCAGGCCUCCUUUGAGCUCGUGGCGCCCAAGCAGGAUCGCAAGCGCAAGCUCGGCCAGGCGGUCAACUGGAAAGGUCAUCGGCAAGAACAAGCAGCUCGCUUGGCCGCCUCGUCUGGCUACCAGCUCAAACGUGGUGCGGCUAAGCCGUUGCUCGAUGUCGAGUGUGAACCGGGCGUGGCAAUUCGCCGGGCCCUCGGGAUCCCGCAUCCCUUCACAGUUCAGCCCGACGUGCCGGUCGAGCUCAUGGCUAACAUUGAUCGAAUUGCGGCUCGCCCUCUUUGGCUGGUCGACUAUAGGAUCAAGCAGCUCGACUACUGGCACGCUCGGGCCGUGGCCUUGUUGCCGGACACAGACCGUGAGCUCAGAGCUAUUCCGGAUCCGGCCCUUCGCCGUCUCCUACGAGGUGCUCCAGAUUACGCUGAUCUCCAGCUCGGUCACUGCACGCACGUCAAGCUCUAUGAUGAGCUCCUCGCGGUCUGGUCGUUGGCCGCCGUACGAGAAGAAGCAAUCGCCGGUGCCGAUCGCGGAAGCUGA